AGGACUGUGAGUACAAUAGAUGAAAAAGAUGGAGAGCUGGUAUUGUGCUGGAAAAUCAACAGAGGAAAGUAAAGUCAGGUAGAGGAUGGAAGGGGUGCAAUGAGUGAGGGAGGAGAGAAAGAAUAAAGAUAAGCACACAAGAAAAGAAUGCACACAGAACGGAGAAGAGGGGAGGGAAGAGGGAGGGGCUAAGAACAUGGCAAGGUUACACAUGAAAACUGCAGUCUGUUUUCUUCUUUGACACUCUACUCUACUUCAGAAGUAGAGAGAGGAAGCUUCAUUUUUGCUCUUAUCUCUGCAAUAUCACAUUAAAACAUAAAUUAAAAACAGAACGGAAGAACUGAAUGCUAAGGAAGCGAGUACAUUCAUGAUACAGAGAGCCAGGAAAGAAGGAAAGACAGACAAAAAGACAGAGAGACUAUGAGAACAAUAAAAUAAACACGGCGGCUACACAUUGGCAGAGUUUACAGGACCAGCUUUGACAUCAGUAAAGUGAGAGAGGAAGAGGGGUGCAACACUGCUUUACGGAAACCGCUUGACAGUUUCAAACGCUGACACAGUUUGAAAAUAGGAAACAGACGGUUAAGAGAAACAGAAAAAAAAGAAAGACAAAAGGAUAAAACAAAACCCAUUUAAACCAAACCAUGUUGAUGAAAGAAUACCGGAUAUGCAUGCCGCUCACUGUCGAUGAGUACAAGAUCGGCCAGUUAUACAUGAUCAGCAAGCACAGCAGUGAGCAAAGCGGGGGAGGCGAAGGGGUGGAGGUCGUCCGUAAUGAACCCUGCACAGACCCCAAACACGGAGCCGGACAGAUCACAGAGAAACGCAUCUACCUCAACAGCAAACUGCCAACCUGGAUAAGAAAGUUUGUUCCCAUGGCUUUUUAUAUCACAGAAACUGCCUGGAACUUCUACCCUUACACCAUAACAGAGUACACGUGUUCCUUCCUACCGAGGUUCCAUGUCAAGAUUGAGACGAGCUUUGAGAAUGACAACGGUUGCAGUGAAAAUGUGUUUGGUGAUGACCCCACUCCUAAGGACAGUGUCUGCUUUUUGGAUAUUUUGAAUGAUCCAAUCCCUGACAAGCAUUAUAAGAAGGCAGAGGAUCUGAGCAACUGGGUGUCACAGAAAACAGGCCGGGGACCCCUAGUGGAUGGCUGGAGGAACACCACUAAACCCAUCAUGUGCUCCUACAAGAGAGUCACCUGUAGCUUUGAGGUCUACGGCUUCCAGGGACGAACAGAGGACUUCAUUCACAGGAACAUUCGUGACAUUCUGUUGGUGGGACACAGACAGGCAGUGGCAUGGAUUGACGAGUGGCAUGCAGGAAUGACACUCGAGCAGGUGAGAGAGUACGAGAGAAAACAGCAGGAGGACACCAACAGCAAACUUAAGAGUGACAUUACCUGCACAGACUCUGCUCCUACAAUGCGACCAAGCUUCACUCGCUCCAUCUCUGUUACGGAUGAAUCGUCACUGAAAAAGAUGGGGGUAAAGACUGUAGACAUUCCAGGCUCUCCGUCCUGCCCUUCCUCCCUCAAAAGUCCCAUGAGAUUAAACUCUACCCCGGAAUAACACCCAUCCUCCAUCCUCACACCGCAUCGACCACUGCCAGUACCAACAUUUAGCAAAAUUCUGGACUUGGACAUUCUCUUCUAAUCAAAACUAAAAAGACAUUCAACAUUGUCCCUCUCUUGCUCAACAUUCCAACUGGACAUGCUUGUGUUCCAUACAGAGGCUGGCAUUUGACAAAAACACCUUACUGAAGAAUUGUAAAUAUUAUGUAAAAGACUCUGGCUUCUAAUGAAGUGAAACCAUUGUGCCUU